AAUUCCUGGUCGCGAGCGAUUGGGGGCCACGCGCGGUCACGUCAGCCUUCGAGGGCUAUCCGGUACCAUGUUUCAUGUGGGUCAAACUGCGGCGGGUCAGAGGGCCGCAACAACGGCAUAAUAAACGCACCCGUUUUCGGGUUGUCGUAGUUGUCAACGUCGGUGCCUGUGUGCGUGCGUUUUCGGUUGAACGCAGCAGCAGCACUACAGCCCAAUCCAUCCGUUGCUCGUUUCUAGCUCUCCGCAGCCACCGCCGGUCAGGGGACUCGAACAGGGCACCGAUGGAAAGCGAGAAAUCAUCGAAGAAGUCGCUGAAGCUCGUCGCCUUCUGUGCGGUCUGCUUCAGCACCGUCGCCGUCAUCUCCUGCGUCAUCGGCCUGCCACUGGUCUACAACUACGUACAGGGCGUGCAUUCGGUGAUGCAGACCGACGUCGAGUUCUGUAAGACGAAAUCGCGCGACAUGUGGAAAGAGAUGGUUUUGUUGUACCGACUGAGUGGACAGUCAAUGCAGUUCCUUCGAAGUGGCGAACCGAUCAUCACGAAACAGAAGAGACAGGCUGGCGGCUACGGAGGAGGGAUGCAAGGGCCUCUGCCCGGACCAGAAAUGAUGGGACCACAGCCACCAAUGGAAAUUCCUCAAAUGGGUGGCCAGAAUUUCAUGGCCAGCUGUAAGUGGCAUGUUGUGCGUGUCAACAGGGACCUCCAGGCCCACCAGGGCCUGCAGGCCGUGAUGGAAGACCCGGAACACCAGGUCGUCCCGGAAAUGCUGGACCUCCUGGAAGAGACGGUGAUUCGAUGCCUCUACCUCCACCGAAACCCCCUUGCCAAAAAUGCCCACCUGGACCUCAAGGACCGCAAGGACCUCCUGGUCCUAGAGGUCUGCCAGGUUUGCAGGGCGAGCCGGGAGAGCAUGGCAGAGACGGCGGCCCUGGCCGAUCAGGACCCUCAGGUAAAACUAAAGCUAAUGAACUUUGUCGUUUUCAAUCGAAAAUUUCAAGGAGUCCGUGGACCACCAGGACCUCCAGGAGAGCCUGGAGAAAAGGGCCCCCCUGGACCGCCAGGCCCCAUGGGACCGCCGGGCAGAAACGGAGGGUGCAACUGCCCGCCUCCAAAGACCGAAAGCGGAUACAAGAAAAAGAUGAAGAAAUGAAU